CAGAAUCAGGGGCGGACUGACAACUCAUGGGGCCCCCGGGCAAUAGGGGAUCAUGGGGCCCCUGUGUCCUUGCCCAAACUCAAAAAAGCCUAUGAAAAAGGUACCAGGGAAAUCUCAUGGGGCCCCCUACUGCCCCCGGGCCCUCGAGCAGUGCCCAAAUUUCCAAAUGGUCAGUCCGCCCCUGAGCAGAAUACAUUUUGGCCUAAAUUUAGAUUUUGUAUAGGAUAUGUUUUAUAGCACAAAGUAGAAAAUAUCAUUUUUCCAUCAUUUUCAGUUUUUUUUCAUUUAUUUCAUCUUAACACUUUAUUUUAUUUAUUUAUUUUU